UUCUGCUGGUGCAUUCGCUGGUCCGCGCCAGGAAGGAACGGAACGUCGAAUCUGGACACGAGGACGAAGGACGGAAGGAGGACGAUGGUCUAGGACAAUAGGAGAACACCCAGCCAAUAACAGACAGCAAACAACAAAACACAGUGGUGUGCGUCGUCAUGCACAGGGCAGCAUCUGCAUGCCAGCGUGUAACGAGAGUGCGCUAAGCUUAGGGAAGAAGUUACUUAAUUAUAAUUAGUCAUUGAUUUCGAGGCUCGGGUCAUGCCAAACAUUCAGACACAGUUCAUAUACUGGGACUGAUUCGGAGUGUUGAAGCUGAUCCGAGCUUGGUUGAGGGAAGAACGCCGAUGCUGCCAAAUAUCGAAUGCUGUCGCACAUAGUCUGAUAAAGAAGGAUCAAAUCGUGUGCAGUUCUGAUAGAAGGGAAGCGGUCCGCAACAAGAUGGUUGCAAAACAAGGAUGACGGAGCUCUGCAGAAACGCUACGUUACGACACGUAGCGAGUAAACGAACGCAAACGUAAUCUGGUGUUGAUCUCAAUGAAAUAAAGAAAACAACAUGCCUGAACAACUCGAAUCAUAGAAGAUGGAAGAGUUCACUUAAGAUUAUCGGCUGCUACAUGAAGUGUUUGGUACAAACGACGAUAGUUUAAAGACGCGUUCGGGAGCCAUGACUACUCGUCAGUGAGAGCGUUUCGUUGUGUGUCGCUGAAUAUUUAUACGAUAGUGUAGAGAGUGGAUCUAUGAGAGAUAAUUAUUGAAGAAGCUGCUCGAAGACAUGUGACUCAAUCAAUUGGUGUGGUUUAGCAUAGCGUGUACUACGAUACGGAAUUGAGUUGAACAGGAAGACUGCUUGCGAAAAGAGAAAACAUUUGCCAAGGCUUACAAGCAAUAUGCUAGUGCUCAUUAUCGUCAUCGUCGAGGUUUGACUGCUGUCUUUAAUAAACGAUUAUAUGAAUAUGACUUGAUAGCACAGGAUUUCGUGCGGUGUGAUGUGUGAGGUGACAGAGCGCGGAGCAUCUGGCUGCUCCUGCCUAUAGCGGUACUGCUCAAAUCGACCUCUUCCUGCGCCUGUAGUACUAGGCUAUACGUCAAACGCUCUCCUCCCGUCAGAUGAAACCGAUGACGCGCUAAAUUUAGCAUGGAGGCGUCGUGCGAGCCGCGCAAACACCAUUAAGUGAUAUGAUUACUUUGACUACUAAAUCUAAUUGACGAAACGAGACCUGCAAAAAACGUUUAAUUUUGCUGAACGAUUAGCAAAGACGCAAAGCCGGAUGGGUGCCCUCAAAAAAGGGAAAAGUCGCUUGCAAAGCAACCUCACAUCAAACACAAUCAGAAGCUUGGACCUUGCUUUAAGUUUACUCUGUUACCGUGUAAGUAACAAUCAUCGAAAGGGGCGAGCGACGUAUUCCGAUGUGAGUCUGUAAGUGUCGCCAGAAACGUCAACGACACAGUUAUAGAGGGGUGAAAACUACCAACAGCGACAAGUGAGGUAUCAGCUCGGUUCUGUUUCUACUUCAAGUGAGUACUAGCACGAUGACUCGCUGAAUGCUACAACAUCUGCAAUUUUUACGACAACAAUAACUUCUCCUUCAGUUGAAAUUAAACCAGCAUGACGACAGUGACUCUGCCAACAACAGUGAUGUUGCUCGAAAACAAGCAGGACCAGACAACGACGGCGGAGGACAAUAACAGCCAGAAGUGGUGAUUUUCCUAAAAAGAAUCACACUAGGAGAACGGACACGUUAGCCGAGUCAUUGAGUACAUCAAGUCAUCGCUAGACGCCAGCCGUUUGGCCCCCGCUAUCACCAUACCGCGUAACCCAAGGUUCUUUGGCGGGUGGUGUUCCCCGUGAGAUGCUCAGAGGACAUCAACAACACCAUCUGACUAGCGUCCCGUCACCGCCUUCAAUGGGAGCCUGCGAAGAGUCGAUGGAUACUAAUAACAACCUGCAGAGCGCGGCAGGCACUGGGGGCGCUCGGCCCAGCCCGGGCCUGACGCAACAGUUACCGCCGCAGUUGAAUCACCACCCCCCGCAGGUGGGACCCCCGCAGUUGGCGUCACACUCGCCAAGUCCGGGUGGUCACCAUUCUCCCCAGCAACAGCAGCGGCAGCAUCAUCAACAGCAGCCACAACAUCAACAACAAUCGCUCGUACGGAGCAGUCACGGGCCUCAUGGUCAUGGAUUCGGCCAUGGGCACGGCCAUAGUCAACUCAUUGAUACGAGCGCCUGCUGGAAAGACGUGUUCCUCGGCCAACGUGAGUUCUCCACAUUUGACGAGUUUAGCCAGCUGUUCUCGAAGUUCGAGAAGCGGUCACGGUUCCUGUUUCGUGUCAAGAAUUCGUCGAGUGUUGAGGCAGAAAAUCGCCGCCGUAAAGAUCAGAUUGAUGGUGCCAUCAAGUACUCAGGACUCGUCCUGUGCUGUGUUAACUCGGAGCUCGGCCAUGGAAAGCCUAACAGCAGUCGUUCAGGGCAAUGCAAGGCGCACAUCUACCUGCGGUAUCGAUCUUCGACACGACGGCUCGCCAUUAUGACUUCGUCGUUCAUCCACAAUCAUCCCCAGGAAGAGGGCGCUUCACUCAAUACCAGAAUCUGCGUCACCGAACGAUUAGGCAAACAGGACCGCUUGGCUCCGCGGCGCAAGGGAGCUCGCAGCUCGAAGGCUCUCUUGUCCGUGUUGCCCCACGCCGGGCAGUUCCCCGGAGGCGGUCGGGGGACAUUCUCGGGCCAUGGCCCCGGUCUCUCCUUGUCCUCUCAUUCACCACCGGAGACAGCUCUGUCCACCCCUUCAGCAUCCCCACCGGUGCCGUUAGACCUGCGUGCCGGUAGGGUUCCGGGGGGAAUGCUCGGCGGACAUCCUUUCCUUUCCGGGCUACCGUUCCUUUUGCCCGGAGCAAGCCACCUGAGCGCCCAGGAGGCAUUUUUGCAACGCCUGAUCCAGACGCAGGGCGGCCUGUCCGGAGGGCUUUCAGGAGUAAGCGGCAUACAAGUGCCCACAUCACCUUCCCCCAGCGAGAUACUCGCACAAAUGGGAACGAACAGCUCUCCAUUGCACGGGAGCGGCAUCCUGCCCCCUUUUUCACCUGAUAGCUUACUAGGGAAACGUCUUUCGCCAUUCCGUCCCUUUGGAACGCACGCAACCCUGCCGCCGGAGGAGGCCGUCGGUACCAGCAGGGCCUUCUCGCCAAGUAGCUUGCCCCCGCAUCUGCAAUCUCAUUUUUCUAGCAUUGUGCAAAAUGGCAUUACUCCACCGGGAAGUGUAAGCAACGCCUCCAGCACGAACCAGGUUGCCGGAGGUCUGCUGGAACCUGAAUGCGUCCUGCGCACGUCGGAGAGCAAGCGGCUACGUCUGUCACCAUGCGGCAGCGAGUCGUCGCUCACCCUCACGGGAAGUGCGCCCACUGCCGAAGCCAGCAACGGACAUGUUGCCGGGUCAAACGACCUUCGCCUCCGGCUGUUCGAAACAACCUCGAACGAGCGAACCGCUGACAGCGAAUCUGAAGGCUCGCCGCGAUCGACUGGAGCCCGCGACGAGGAAGCGACAAUGAUGAGCGCUUUGGGUAGCAGCCUGGCCGCCGCUCAAGGCCAAGGCGGUAGUUUGGUUCAAGAUCUCAGCACGAAGGCGGGUUUACGCCGGCCGAGUGGGGCGUCGUCCCCAAUUGAGGUUCCCGCCUCACCACCCGCGUCGGCUCCGGCAACGCCGCGCACCUCAUCCUCUUCGCCUGUUGUACUCGACGAUGCAGGCGACGUCAGCCUCAUGGAUCAGGACCAGCCUGUGUCCAUAAUAGUGAGAACCGGCGCUAGCGAAUAUGAGCUGCCAUGGGAGCAGCUAGAAUCUCUUUUCAAAUUGUGUGCCAAAUGCGGUGGUCGUGUGGAUGACUCCGCUGAGGACGCACACACGGAAGGCUGCGCCCUUACCCGUCUUGCUGUUACGGACGGUAGCAGUAAUGGAGCCAGCAGCAACAACACCAAUGUGAACCUGAGUAACGGGGGUAAUGGUACGGGGAAGUCUGUAGAGAACAGCAGUCGAGCGCCCAUUACCCUCGAAACGCUCUGUCAGCUGGCCAAGGCGCGCCGAAAGCACAGCAGUGAGAACAGCAGCUCAGACGCCUUCAACUCGGAGAGGUGACUUACACUUAACUCGGUGGAGAUACAAUCGUCAGAUUUAGAAUUCGAAGCAGCAGCAGCACGUACCUCAGCAACAAUGACCCUAACAGCAGCCAUACAGUUCCCAGCAAAAUCAGAGAUAACAACAACAACACCAACAACAAUAGCUAUACCAGAAGUCCAACCGAAUACCGAUGCAGUCGCUUCAAAAAGGAUAAUGACAGAAUUGAGGAAGAUGACGUUGUCAUCAACAAAUGACGAGGUUAUGCAGCGAGGCCCGAUCGUGAUCGAUGGCGUCGAAAUGGAUCGGUUCACACAGCCAUUAGCUGAUGGUAUCGUUAGUUCAGCAGAAUCACAGCCAGUCUCGCCAGAGUUAGUUCGGCCGUACAAGAAACUGCGUCGCUUUUUGCAAACCCAACAGGACAACAAUAGUGACAAUCGCAUGCCCUUGCCUUCUGAUUUCUGCAAUCAGAAGGAGUCGGUGCUGGUUGGUGCCGCAGCACUGCACAACGGUGGCGCUAACAACAACGAAAUUGACAACGAUACGAUCAUUACCAACGGCAACAAAAACAGCGGUGGUAGCAUAACUGCAACAAACUUUAAUAGCGUAAACAGAAAGACCAAUAGGCCGCUUAUACCGGCCUAUUUGCCGAAAAAGUUGCGCGGCCGAGGACGCUCACUAGAUCUCGGCAGAAGCGGUAGCGUUAGUACGAGCCCAUCGGAGAGUCCCGUUGAAAGUCCGCUAACAGACUGGAGUCGUGACGAUGUCACUCAGGAGGUUCCUGGGCCGGGCACUCGCCCCUACUGCAUCUACGACUAAGCAGCGGACACCGCCACGGAGCGGCCAGCAAUAGCUCGAGUAUCAGGAACAAAUUCAUAUUUUACUAAUACUACGGCUGCAUAUUGGAACAACACAGCGACAGAUCGGUCGGCCUGCAGUCGAUGGCCUACGACUACCAGCGACUUAUUUAAUAGCUCUGCGCUAUUCAAUACAACUUCCUAACUCUCUCAUCAUCACUACCACCAUUUAAUGUCUUGUAUAGUAUAUAGUGCUAUAGCAAACGAUGGCGUGUCGCGCUUUUAGUGCCACAUCUCACGUGUGGCCUACGCGGACGAGCGGUUAGUGCUAGUCCAAGCAGAGGGGAUUAUGGGAAAUACACAAUUAUGACUGACCACAAUCAAAUGACCGUAUUUCACAAGUGAAGGAAACAACACGAUCGAUGAAUGAGUACGAAUAGCUGAAAACAAAUCAUAUUCCUAUACAGAAAAUAAGAUACUAUUGUGUAUUAUUUUUGAAUGAACCAUUUUUGUUUUUUGUAUUAUUGGGUUGUGUGACGUCCUCAUCCGUUGGUGGCCACUGAGCCAGGCGCUGUACAUGGGCAAAUUAACCAUUAAAAGAAGGUAGCAACAUCCUGUACGUAGAGACAUUGCAGAAAACAUAACAGAGUAUUGUUUAGACCCAAGUUAGCGGUGAUUAGAUAUGGAAGCUGACGUCCCUCUCGGCGAAAACUGGUACUACAUGAAAACGAUAAACGGUCUAGAACAUGUUCAGCUCGACGCAGUGUGUUCAUUAUUAACUAUUCAUUAUACGAUUCAAUAACGAGCAUCGUCUAAUUUGAGUUUAACAAGCUUGUUUGUUGUUCCGAGUGAGGGUGUCAGCCAUCUUGGCAAGCCUUUGCACUACCGUUGGUGACUAGCACGUUCUCCAAAACUGAGACAAAUGACCAACGGAUUUUCGUACCGUUACGUCGUUCGUUCAAUUCGUUACAUCCUCAAAACGGCAGUGCUUCUGCAAAAUAUUUCUACAAAACAUAGAUAAAAUGUUGAAAGACAAAAAGAUUCAUUUAUUCUGGAAUACCAUACACGAAGAUGCUGUAUCUUAUCUGCCUUUUGGUUCCUAGAGACGAAGAGACACCUUCAUCGCCUGUAUGUGUGAAGACUAGCAGCGAGCAUAUUUAUGAACGCGCCAGGAAGCGCGAUUAUCCAUCGCUCGGAUUGGCUUACACCUGUAGCUCGAAGUAACGGCGCGAAAACUCCGAGGAACGGGCAUGUGCUAAUAGUGCUACUACAGAUAAAAUGAGAUUCGUAUCAUACAGCAAAAAAAAAAACAAAGGAAUAACAUGACUGGUCAUCAACAGCCACACACACACACACACUACGCGCGUAUAUAUAUAUAUAUAUAUAUAUAUAUAUAGAAUAGAAGACGAUGCUAUAGGAAGGGGGACGGAAAAAUCAUCUAUAUACAUAUAAGAUUAUUUUUCUUCGAUCUUUGAACGCAUUAUGGCAAUAGCCAUUUCAAUAGUUAUUAUUGCGAUUCAUAUUAUUCAAAUACUUGUUGUUGUAAU